AUGAAGAUUAUAAAUUUAUAUUUAAAAAUUAUACCAAUUUUAAUAAUGUUGCAAGUAUUUAAAAAUUUUGUAGAAUGUAUAAGUGACCAAUCAUCAAAUAUUUCCUUAAUAAUACAAACUUCUCCAAAUCAUACAUUAUUAUUAUUAACUACCUCAACAACAACCGAUAAUGACAAUAAUAAUAAAAAUAAUAAUAAUAAUAACAAUAAUAAUAAAAUAUUCGAUAAUAUACUACAAAGCAAUAAUAUAAAAUCUAUAAUUGAUCAUUCUACUUUAUCUUCCUAUAUUAGAAAUAAUAAUGCCAAAGAAAAAAUAAUAAAUUCCAAUGAUUUUUCAAAUUCAAAUACUAUAACCGAAAAUUCAAACUCUUGUGCAAAUAUAAAAAUAUCAAUACAACAAACUUUAUUUUUACUUUUAACUUUAUUAAUAACAAUAUGUUCAUUUUUCAUUUAA